AUGAAGAAAAUCAUUAUAUUCAAGAAAACACCUGAUUGUAUCUGUGUACCAUUUGUAUAUAAUAUGCUGAAAAAAUGUCCCUGUUCCCCACCUUCCAAAGUGAUUUACAACUGCACAAAUAAGAAACAGUUCGAAGGUUACGUUUAUGAAAAAAGAGUUAAUGGUAUAUGUGAAAAAUUCCCUCUGAGAAAAAUAUCCAAUGAAAAUUGUACUAUUAGCUAUGUAUGGAAAUCACACAAACCGCGUAAAUCAAGUAUAAAACGAACGAAACGAUCAGUUCCAUCUGGUAAUUCAGUAGGUAAAACAUGCGGUAAAAAUCAACACUUCGUAUUGGAACGUAACCCAUGUCCAGAAACCUGUGAAGGGAAAUUUUUUGGAGUGGAAUCAAAGUGUAGUUAUAUCUCUUCUGGUCCUGGUUGUGAAUGCCGUCCAGGUUAUCUGCUUGACGGCAUUUUAUGUGUCCCUCCAAGCCAAUGCGGUUGUUUAGAAUCUGUUUGUAUUGAUCGUGAACCAACCGAGAAAUGCAAACAAUGGAAAGCUGAGGGUCGAUGUCAAAAAGAUAAAACAAUUAUGCAAAAGUUUUGUCGGGCAACAUGUCAGCACUGUGAACGACCAUGUGAAGAUCAAAUUGCCACAUCCCAAUGUGAACUCAUGAAAAGACGAGGAGAGUGUAGUAAAGAUUUUUAUAAGUCAAUGUGCAUGUUGACUUGUUCACCUCAAAACUGCAGAUGUCCCAAAUGUCAUAUAGAGGCUGGAAGUUGCAAUCCAAUAACUAAAAACAUUGAAUUACGUCAUAUAUGCUAUCAGCUUCAAAGCAACGGUAGUUGUAGACCGUUAAUCACAAGAAGAUACAGUCCAUGUGGAGAAUGUCCGACAAGAGUUUUACGACUCCCAGAAAAAUGUGAUUAUUGUAAAGGAUAUCGCAUUAUAAGAUUACGUACAUUCUUCCGUGAAGACAGUGGAUUUAAAAGAUGCCUAAUGAUUGAGCGUACACAUACAGAACAGUGCUCUUGCAAAACUAUAAGACUUGCAUCUAAAUCCUGUCAUGAAAAUAAAGUCCCAAUCAUUAAAACUAUGGUUCGAGUGCAAACGUCAUGCGAUAAAUGCUUGUACAGAAAAAUCAAUGUGUUCGGUAAACCUGUUGCUUGUCCACAAACUAAACGUUCUAGUCCAGUUUGUAUAACUGAUAGAGAUCAGUUGGCGGUGAAAACCACCUAUUAUAUACCAAACAGAACUCACUGUAUUGAAUACACUAAUAUUACUUGGUUACCGAAAAUACCUUGUCCAUCAGCAAAUCAAUAUCCACUGUCUAAAACAUCCGGCCAGUUUCAUUGUAAUCCUGAUACAUGUGAACGUAAUUGGAUCGGUAGCGUAUGGAUUCGAGAAAAUUGCAAAUGUAGACAAGUAGAAGUUACUCAUAGGGCAGGAAAAUGCUGUUGUCCGAAGCCAGAAAAGAGUCAGUCUGAUUGUCAGAAUGGAUUAUCCGAUGUAGUUCAUGUGAAUUACAGUCUUGUCAAUGGCUACUGCCAACGUCAUGUCUUUAGAUUCACAAUACGGUGUAAUUGUCCAAAUCCUAAAAGUUUUAUGCAUUGUGACUCAGAAAGUGGCAUAAAAUCCAUAAAAACUGUAAAAUAUGAAAUACAGAAAGAUGGAACAUGUAAAGAGAUGGAGAUAAUUGAGUCACACAGAAUCAACUGUAUGGACGAAAAAAUAAAACGAAUUUCCGAAUGCAAUAUUAGACACGAACAAGACCGUCGAUUUUAUCGUCAAUUGCUGGUCACACAAUCAAAUAUUCAGCAGUGUGUAUGUACACCACCGAAACCCAAAGUUCUGCUAGAAGCUUGUGAUUGUCCUGAAGCUAAAAUUAUGCCAGUGAAACAAAUUCAAAAGUGUCCAACAUGGUGUCACAACGCAACUAGUAAAAAUUGUGAUGACAAGUGUCAAGAUAUCUUUGUCUGGCAAAAACUUGUUUACGACCUUCAGAAUCCUGGACAUUGUAAGGUGGAGGUUUUGAAAAAGAUUGUAAAACCGUGUUGCUGCAGCAAUUUAAAACAAGUCCGAAAUAUGUGCACUAAAGAUGGAGAGAAAAUCAUAAGUGAGACUGAGAAUAGGAUAUUGAAAAAUGAACAGUGUACAAAGAAAAUUCAACGAAUUCAGAAACCUGUUCAUUGUAAAAUUGGACUCUUAAGCGAAAAGCUGACAAAUAUACGAUUAAAUGGUAUGCGAUAUAUUCAGUCAGUGUUUGGAUAUAGAAAUAACUGUAAAUGUAAAAUACGUAUUGAAGAAAAGAUAUGUAAUCAAUCUUGUCCAAAAUCAGUUUAUGCUGUUGAAUGUGAUUCAGCUUCACGUGAAUUGCUACACAAACAGAUAGACUACGUCAAUAUUGGUUGUACUUGUGAGACAAGAAUUUAUAAAAGACGGACCAAAGUUUUCUGUCCUCAAUACACAAAUCUGAUCUCAUCCUACUGUUCUCCAACGACGAAUAUAGAAACCAGAACGUACAAAGUUUAUUUUCAGAAGGGAUGUGAAUGUAAAGAAAACAUUACCAUUAAAACAAGACGUUGUGGUUGUCCAAAGGACCGUGUUAGUGAAAAACAAUGCAAUGCACUAAAUAACAAGUUAAUUUCUGUAAGAACGCGUUAUGAACUUCUGGAUAAUGCUUGUUUGCCUCAAAAAGAAGUAAUCGAAGAAUCAGUUAAUUGUGGUGAUUUUAUGAUGAGAGAAUUAAAACGGAAUAAUGGUCGAAGAAUCAAGAAGCUGUUGUGUAAUAGUGUCACUGGCCAAGCCCAGGUAUUUACCUACGUAUGGGUACCAAAAAAUUGUAAAUGUGUUCGUGUAAAACAAAUACUUCAAGAGGGUUUAUGUAAAUGUCCUAAAACACACACCUUAAUGCAUUGCGAUAGUGGAACAAAUUCAUGGAUUCGAAAAGUUAUCAAUUAUCGACUGGACAAGGAGAAUUUAAUUUGUCAGAAAUACGUAACUCAUAGAUCUGAACCUACAUUAUGUCGACCCAGAGCCAACAUUGUACGUGGAAAAUGCAUAAAUGGGACUUUGUCUGAAACUGUGAUUCACAAUGUUCCCGAUGUUAAUAACUGUACAUGCAGAAAACAAAUAAGAACAUAUAACCGAGACUGUCGUUGCCCCACUAAAAUUAUACGUAUUGGAAAUUGCAGUUUGAAUCGUGCCUAUUGGAAGGAAAUAUUACUGGAAAGAAGAUGGGACGAUCAUGAGCAGAAAUGUGUAAUUAAACAAUCCGUGAAAACAAAACGAUUUUGUCAGUGUCCUCCGAAAAAAGUAAAUACAGAGUGUGACAACGGAGUUGUUAUUCGAACGGAGGUUUCAUUUAAACUGAAUAAAAUCAAAUCAGUGUGUCAACAAAUUGUUCGUCAGUCACGUUACAAACCGGUGUGUAAAGAAACUGAUGGAUUAGAAAAGUCAAAACAAUAUCAGACAUUGUUCUAUCGACAUCUUCAAACUAAAUGUGAUCGCUCCACGUGUACAAGAGGAUUAGAAACAUAUGCGAACGAAUACAACCCAAGUACCUGUAAAUGUGGUUGGAAAUUAGUCAGUAAAAAAAGGUGUACAUGCUGUGGCUGUCCAAAACCGAGUUUAUCUUACACAUGUGAAAAUGAUCGUUUAUUAAUUGUUGAUAUCACAUAUUAUACAACAAAACAACAUCGAUGUGGUCAUGAAUGCAUGAGACGUGUGAGAACUGUCAGGCAUCAGAUGAGUUGUAGUAAUUAUCCACAAGCACCACAAUCUUACUGGGGGCAUUGUGAUAGAACAACAUGUCAACAAUCCUUUAUCAGUUCAAUGUAUGAAGUUAAAAACUGUCGGUGUAUAUUAACUCAAAAAGUUAUUCACACACGAACCUGCUGCUGUCCGAAAAAAGAGGAGAGGGAGACAUUUUGCAGGAACGGACAAUUAGACAUUUACGUUCAUCGAUCACAUCUGGAAGACUGGAAGUGUAUAAGGUCUACCAAGAAACGCACUGUCCCAGUUGGCUGUUCAAAGUUAGUAAAGAUAAAACCUGGUGAGUGUAGACCUCAAACUUGUCGACGACCCAUAUUCUUGAUCAAAUCAAUAGUUGAUCCAAAUGACUGUAAAUGUAAACAGUAUCAGAUUGUGAAAGAGGAACGUGAAUGUUGUUGCCUUAGUCGAUCACACCAACGGCUUUUGUGUGUUGGAAACUGCAAAAUAGUUAUACAGCAAAUUUAUAAGUUUGAUAAUGUCAGUGAGCGAUGUGUUAAGGAGAAUCUAGUCCGUCGUAAAUGUCCAAAAUGUCCAAGUCCUUACGUAAUUGAGGGUACAUGUGAUACAACUGGUACCUGCUUAAAACCAACACGUCAUAUUAGCUAUGUGAUCAAAGAUUGUGAGUGUCAACGUGUAGAACGAAUUCAAUACGUACGUUGUUGCUGUCCGGCUCCGAAACAAUUGGGAAGCAGGUGUCUAACGGACAAAGGAAUUAUUGAAAAUAAGCAUAUUUACUAUGAAUUAGAAAAUGGUCGCUGUGUAAAACAAGUUAAGAUUGAAGAGAAGCAAGUAAUUUGUCCACAAAAGAUUGAGCAAAAUUUGUCAACUGCCAACCAGUAUUGUGACCCAAAUUCAUGUUUAAAAAUGGUAAGAAGUUAUACAUGGAACAAAAUAGGAUGUAAAUGUGUCAGAGAGUUGGUCACUGCACCACAAUUAUGCUGUUGUACAAAUCGUAUAGCUGGAAGUAAAAAACACUGUUCACCAAGUGGAACUAUAACACUGACAACUGAACGCUGGAAUUUUGAAAAUGGGCAAUGUGUCAAAGUCAAUUCUGUGAAGAAUUUACCGCCUCCCUUAUGUAAAGCUCAAGAUGUAAUACCUAUUGGUCCAUGUAACAAACAAUCCGGAAAACAGCCGAUAUUGGUUACGCGAUCGGUUGUUGAAGAUUGUGAAUGCAAAGUCGUUUAUCGAGAGAAACGCGAUAGAAUAUGUGCUUGCCCAUCCCCUUCAGUUCAUGUCAAACCGUGUGAUCCAAUCACAUGUCUCCAGCAAACAACGACAACGCGAUGGGCCAUUGAGGCAAAGGAUAAGAAGUGUCAUCGUCUACAUCCAAUCAUCGAAAUGCGUCCAUGUUGUUGUCGACGUGAGGCAGUGAAGAACAAUAUACUUAAAAAGUGUAUUCCAACUAAUGGAAGAAUUGAAGUUAUUAAUCGAAUGUAUCAUUUUAACGCAGAGAGGAGAAUCUGUGAAUUCAAAGAUGUUAAGAAACAUAUUGAUUUGUCUUGUCCAACUGAAACAAAUAUCAUUAAAGGUGUUUGCAAUCUAGCCAAUGGAAUAGCUCUGGACACUGUUACAUCAUGGGAUAAAAUAACAUCUCAGUGUAAUUGUGUUCAAAAAACUAAAUAUCGAAAAAGGAUUUGUUCUUGUAAACAUCUGGAUAAAACGAUGAAAAGUCCUAUCUGUUCCGAACGACAAGGCAUGUUGGUGAAGAAGAAAAUAGUGCAUACGCUGCAAGAUGGAAUAUGCCAACCGAAAGUAAUCUGGAUGAAAAAAGUUGUAGUUUGUCCGAGUGAUAAGAAUGUGGACGUUAAAUGUGAUCCUGUCACAUGUAAUCAAACAACAACAAUACGUUGGUUUAAUAAAGUUGGAUGUCAGUGUGUGAAAAAAGAGGAGUAUAUUCAGUCAAAGUGUUGUUGCCCUAAACCUGUGGAGCAUCUCGAAUGCCAGCGAGGAGGAAGUCUGUUACUCAUUAAAAAGAUUUCCUAUAAUCUGGAUGAAGAGAAAGGACAAUGCAUCAGUCAGACUGAUUUAUUGCGAAAAGACGUAGUAUGUGGUGUGCACGGCCCGAGAUUUUUAAAACGCGUAUGUGAUAGAAAAACCUGUCAUUUGGUUACAGUUCUACUGAAAACGGUUUUACGAAAUUGUCAGUGUCAUAGAAUGAUUAAAAAAAUUGUUCAUCGAGAUAUACGAUGCUGUUGCUCAAAUCCAAGAUUUCAGGAAAAAUGUCAUGAAGAUUACGGUAUUAUAUCACGUGUUACUUAUCGCUAUGAAUUGUUUAGAAAACAGUGUAUUACAAGAAAGUUUGUUGACCAAAAUAAAGUCGUUUGUCCUGAAGAAAAAGUCACACGGGGUCACUGUGAUGUAAAUACAAAGCUAAGAUCUGUCCAGAGGCGUUUCUAUCUCGUCGCUAAUUGUAAAUGUCAACUGAAGAUCGAGAACAAAGUGGAACCAUGCACAUGUCCAUUACCAUUAUUACUGAAAGAAAAUUGUACAAAUGGGAAGACUUCUCGCAGAGUGUGGCGAAUAUCGUAUGCACUAAGAAAGAAUGAUGAGUCGGGUAAAGUUGCCUGUGAACAAGAAAAAGAAUAUCUAUUUGAAGAACCUUGUCACUGUAAAUCACCUAAAGUUGUGAGAAAAUGUCAAGCGGGUGAUAUUAUAUACAUAAAAGAAGCAGAAUAUCUUGUCAACCGAAAUGAUAGGGUGUUUUGUGCUGUUCGUCAUUAUAUGAAGAAAGUUCCAGUUACUUGUCGAAUAAAUGCUGUUCGCAUUAAAGAAGAACCGUGCAUAAACGAGGUAAAACGUGUUACUUUUAUGCAAGAAACUUUGGAUAAACAAACCUGUGAAUGUAAAAACCAAGUGAAAGUCGAACACGAAAAAUGUGAUUGUGGAAGAAAUAAUCACACCACAGAAUCUUGUCAAAACGGAGUUCGUGUAAUAAACAAAGAAAUUCAUGUAUUCAGUCAAGCUUUAAGAAGAUGCGUAAAAUCGAAUGUACGAAGUGUACAUCCUGUCGUAUGCGCAACUAAGCAUCAAGUAAUCAAAUCUAGUGGUUGCAACAUUGAACGUCCGGAUGGUAUCUAUUAUUCGGAAGAAAUACGAUGGGAACAAGUAGUGAAUUGUAAAUGUGUUAUAAAACGUCGCCAAAUACUACGUCUUUGUGCCUGCCCUAAACCAUCAAUUAAGAAACAAUGUUUAGAUACUGUCAAUUUAGCAAUUUAUAAAAAUACAUUUAUACAUAUUGGCGGGCAGUGUUUACCAGAUCAAGAAGUAAUAACUACUGAAACUCGUUGUCAAGAAAAAGCUCAAAUAAUUGAAAAGUCAACAUGUGAGAAACAACUAAUAAAUAAAAUAAAUACAAAUACACCUAACUGCUUCGAAACAUUGAAGAUAAGUGUACCAACUGUAGUUGAUUGUAAAUGUCAAAUGAAAAUUGUACAAGUGCAACGUCGAUGUUGUACAAGUGAACCAAAAGUGAAACAGAUUUGUGAUCCAGUUAAAGGUCGAUGGGUAAAAAUGAUUGAAAACUAUGUACUUUCUCCUGGAUCAGUAUUAUUCAAGAGAGAUGACCUAGUUGUCUAUGAUCAGAUAGAAAAGGUGACCAGUGAACAACGAGACCAAACUGUUGUUUGUCCACAACCAGUUAGUUAUGAAAAUUGUGAUAAGAAAACUGGCCUACUCACCAGAGUUAAUACACAUUAUAAACAAGUCGGAUGUGAAUGCAGACCGGUAAAGCAGGUGACAAGGGGGAAAUGUGGUUGUCCACCGACUCGCCGAUGGAUAUCUGAGUGCAAACAGAAUUUCCGUUAUCAACGAACAAUUACCUUUAAAUUUGUCAAUGGAACAUGCGUUAGACAAGAGAAAAUUGGUAAACAACGUUGUGGUUGUCCACAGCCUAUAAAUCGUAUCUAUUGUGAUGGUAAUGGACGCUGGGUCAAAUGUAAUACACAGUAUGUAUAUAAUCCUAAAACACACGUUUGUCGACUGUUAAAACAUUGUGUACGUUGGUACGAUGAGUGCCCUCGCCCAACAAAUCGUAUUGUUUCACAGUGCAGUGCGAAGACUCAAUUUAAACAUGUAAUACAAUAUGUUAAUUUUGUGAGGAACGAAACUAGUUGUAAAUGUGUUGCUGUAGUCAAAAAUGAAUGGACGGAGUUCUGUGGAUGCGACCAUUUAAAUAGAAAAGUUUACCAGUGUCGUGAUAACAUUAUCCCAACUGUUGGAUAUUGGAAAUAUGAAUUAGUCAAAGGAGAUUGCAUACCAAAACGUAUGAAGUAUUCAAAGCGGCUAAACUGUCCCAAGCCAACUGUGCAAAAUUAUCCAUGUGAUAAUGAUCCAAAAUCACCGAAUCGAGGUUACAAAGUCAGUAAAAUUCAACAUUUCGUUGGACAAAACUGCAGCUGUAUUCCAAAGGUGAAAGUAGAACGAAAGAUUUGCAAUUGCAGUUUAAUACACCCACAAGUUGUUUCAAAACGAUGCAGGAACAACAAUCUUUUAUUAAUGAGACGGAGAUUUUCAACCCUGAUGAGAGAUAAAUGUUUGCACAGUGAAGCUGUAUAUAAGAAACCAAUAAACUGUAAACCGUUGAAACGAAUGAGUGUUGGAAAAUGCGAAAUCGGUCCAGAUUCUGUUUGGACGCAGAAGAUAGAUGAAUUAAUCCUUACAGCGGUAAACUGUCAAUGUGUUUGGAGAGUUAAACAUUCCGAGAAGAAAAUUUGUAAAUGUCCAAAUCCAGUGAAAAAACAACGCUGUAUUAACAAUGGGCAGCAGCUGAUGCAUAUCAUUACAAAAUUUAAUCUGGAAGGAGAUAAAUGCAAAGCAUCUCAGCAAGAAAUUGAGGUGGAUCCAUGUGCUCACAUUAAAAAAGAUUUCAGUAAAAGACCUCUAUUUCAUAUUGGAAAAUGUGAUCCAACUACUUGUAAAGCAAAACGUUCGGACUUCCGUUUCAGUGUUAAAAACUGUCAGUGUCAAAUCUUACAAAAGGUGACUGACGAAAUAUGCUGUUGCCCAAAACCACUAACAAAACAACCUGUUUGUAAUCACCAGAAGAACAUAAUUGUACAGAAACAAACCCAUUUUACACUUAUUACACCAACCAACAAUACACAAUCAUUUAAAUCGUACUGUCAACCAAAAUCUUCACAGAUUUCUAUCCAAGUGAAGUGUGGUCAAAAGUUUCAGAGAAUUCGGGUUAAACCGUGUGACGGUGAAUUCCAUCAUAUAACUGUAUUGAAGCCAAUAGUUGAAAACUGUGCUUGUAAACAAAAAAUUCUACAAAAUCUUAAAAUAAGAUGUGGUUGUCCAACCGCUGUACGUCAUAUUCCUGGAGCAUGCAUAAACCAGUGGGCCCUACAUAAAUGGGUUGGAUUAAAAAGUGUUGCUACUGGAGGCGAAAAUCCCUACCAAGUGACGGAGAAAUCUUGUAAACCUGAAAUACUUGAACAAAGACGCAUUCGAUGUGCAUGCCCACCUGUACAAGUGUUUAAGAAGUGCUUUAAACACAACUUGUUAUCCAUUCAACGUGUUUACUAUAAAUUAAACCAGAGACUGAAUAACUGUGAAAUGUACAAAACAAAAGAAUUUAAGAGACUGAUUUGUCCCAAAACUCAAAUAACACAUACUCCAUGCGGUAGUAAACUAAAAAACUAUGAACAACAUGAAGUAGUCAAAUUAUGGUAUGCUGAUCAAUGCAGGUGCUUAUUAAAGGUGAUCAAGAAAAAAUGGGUGUGCAAUUGUCAUGCACGUUAUCCAAAACACGUUAUAAAGAAAUGUCUGCCAAAUGGGUAUCAACUACUUUCUUUGACAACGACAUGGCAUAAUCAAGGAAGAAGAUGCGUAAAUAAAACAGAGAGACAAGUGGAACAAAUCAAAUGUCCAAAUAAUUUGAAAAUUAUCAGAGGUCAGUGCGAUAAAGAUAGAACUGGACGUUUACCACUGAUCUAUCUGCAACAACGUCCUAAAAACUGUCAGUGUAUAUGGCAACGGCUUACAGAUAUUGAGGUAAAAAAGCUGAAGUUGAAAACAUCUGAAGCAUGUCGAUGUCGCCGUAAUUUCAUGGUUAAACGAUGCCAGCCAAGUGGACUCAAUAAUACAGCCUAUUUAAUUAGAAUGUACUUUAAGUAUGGCAUUCAACAAGGUGAAUGUCAUAUUUAUCGUAAAGUUGAGAAGAAACCUAUAGUUUGUCAACCCGGCAACCGAACAGAAAGAUCUCAGUGUGAUCCAAUCACAAAUGAAAGAAUUGAAACUAGAAUAGAUACUUAUCUGGAUGGCUGUCAAUGUCAUCAAAAAUUAUUUAAACGUCGUUGUCGUUGUAGUUGUCCAAAACCAAAGAAUAAUUCAGUUUGUCAAAGUCGAGAUGGUUUAUUGCGAAAAAUUAAAGUAGUCCAUGAAUUUACAGAAGAUCAGUGUACUUGUAAAGCCAAAUAUUAUGUUCAGUCAUCACGUGUACGCUGUAAUGAACCACCUAAGUUAAUUAAGAUUGGUCAAUGUCAUAAACUGCCACAAAAUCAAACAGAAUACGUAAAUAAAAACGAUCUCUACAGAAACAUAUUUUGGAUGAAACUGCAUAGAGUAGGAUGUCGAUGUCAGUACAAACGAUUCAUGGAACAGAUACCCUGCUAUUGUUCACCUGAUGUCAAAGAAGAAAAGUACUGCAUUGAUGACAAGAUAUUGGAAAUUAGAAAAACUGAAAGAAAAAUAAGCGGAGACAAGAAACAGUGUGUACGAGUGAUUAUUUCGAAAGUUCGUAGACCCAUAUAUCUUGGAAAACCUGAAUAUGAUAAAAGAUGUAAUCCUAAAACUGGUAUUGAAACUAUUAGGCAGAAGUUACCAAUUGUUGAAAACUGCAAACUACGUUAUCGUGUAAAUGUGUACUACCGUAAAUGCAAAUGUAAAACACAACCACGCUUAAUUCGUCAGUCCGAGUGUUCGUCCAACUGCAAAGUACGUUUAACAUGGAUAAUGGAAAGAAUGACUUUGGAUGGCAAAUGUAAAUAUUAUUAUCGUGUUAAAGAGAAUGACUGCUGUUGUCCAACGGAGAAAAAACUUGGCUCAUUUUGCAAUCGUACAAAUGGUAUGCUUGAUACUGGGUACAGAAGCUUCAAUCUAGUUAACGGAAGAUGUGUGCCUAAGGAUAGAUUCGUUGGAAAACAAAUAAUUUGCAAAAGAAAUGAGAAAAUUGUACAACACCAACAACCAAAUGGAUGGGUAAGAAUUGAAAAACAAUUUUAUAUCCGUGAUGGUUGCACCUGUGUUCAGAAAUUCGCAGUGGAUUAUGAUAAAUGGAACUGUCCUGCACCAGUAACAAAACGUCGAUGUGUCCAAACGAACAGUGAACAAUUUGUCUUGGAAACUGUUUCCACCAAAUGGAAGUUGUCUGACAGUAAACCAAUUUGUUCACGUUUAGAUACAAUUAUUAAUAGAGUUCCAGUCGAUUGCUCAGAGGAAUAUGUAAAUAAAUCGGAUAAAUGUGUAUUAAAUUUGGGUCGCCACGCUUUUGUGCGCGUUGAUCAGGUGACCACAUUUCAUGCGGACGGUUGUCGAUGUAUUGAAAAUAAUGUUCGCCAAGGGUUCACUGUUUGUAAAUGUAUACGUCCACAUAAAGAAAAAUCUUGUCUUUACUCGGAAGGCAUUUUAACCUACCAAAAUGUUCAUUAUGAAGUCUCUGGAGAUAAAUCACGUUGUAUUCCACGUCGAACUCGUCAAGUGUUUAAAGUUGCAUGUUCACCGAUAGGUCCACAGUAUAGAGGUAGGACACAAUGUGAUCCUAAGACGGGCAACUUUUACCACUUAUAUGAAGAAAGUAAACGAGUUGGUUGUAAGUGUGUGAAAAAUGAACUACGUAUUCCUGGAAAAUGUAAAUGUCCCAAACCAACAACUGAAAUGAGAUGUUCAAUGCAAAAUAUUCAACAGCUAAAUACAACAACGUAUAAAUUAAGCUCUAAGGGAACAUGUACAAAAUCAGAAAGAUUACAAUAUAAGUAUAUCAGUUGCCAAAUACCUGAUGAACUCCUUCAGGAGUCACCAAAUUACAAAGUUGAACAAAGUGGAUUUACUAUAAAACAUAUUCAUAAGUGUAAUUCAGCUGGAACUUGUUCACGUGUAGUACGUGAAUACAAGAUUUACACAGAUAACAAAUGUAAAUGUAUUGUUGAUAAAAGGCAAUAUAAAGAGGCAUGUUGCUGUCCAACAGAAAAAGAUAUAAAUCGAUUUCAAUUAUCAUCCAAUUUAUCUCAACCAGUUUCUUUCAGUAAACAGUGUGAUGCAAGCAAAGGCGUACUAUUGACUGACUCAAUUAAAUGGAAUCUCGAGCAUGGUAGAUGUUGGCCAGUUUUACAUAGAACCGUUCAACCUAUAAUUUGUAGUAGAAAAGAAUCUUUCAAGCCGAUAGGCUUUUGUCAUUCUCGUCAACAGAAACAUUUACAUCAACGUGAGAUAAGAGUUGGAUGCGACUGUCAACUGGAUAAACGUGUUAUCAUGAUGCCAUGUGCUUGCGAUCCGCUUGGCAAUGCGGAUGUUGUAUUCCUUGUAGACGAGUCUGUGGGCAGUAGACAAGCUGAUUAUUUAACCAAUGUUCAUAAAGUAAUGAAACAUACAAUAAAUGCCUUCUAUGAAUCGUCUCAAUCAACCAAUAUGGAUGAGUCAUUACGUUUUGGUUUACUUAAGUAUUCACUGAAAACAAAGAUUGUUUUUGAUUUGAAAAGUUACCGUCGUCUACACGAAGUCUACUCUGAGUUGAAGAAACUGAUACUGAAUAAUGGAAAACAAUCUGAUUUGAAGCUGGCAUUAAACUUUGUGAAGAGCAAGGUUAUGCCUCAAACGCGUCCUGGAGCACCACUUUUCAUCUAUAUAAUUACUGAUGGAUUCGGUAACCAAAUGCCAGCUGCUAGACUGCUGACUGACUACCUAAAAUCACAUAAUGUGCAAAUAAAUGCUGUGCUGCUUACAUCAUCGGAGAAAGUUUAUGACUCAAACUUCUUCAAACAAUUAGUCUCUCCGCCAAGUCCUCUUCAUUUAGUUGAAUUAAAAACCGAUUCUGAUCAGUUUUCACGUAACUUAAGCAGAAUAGCGGACACAUUUUGUAAGAAGGCCUGUCCAUUAAAUUAUCAGAAAGAAAGUGAAUGUUCUUAUGAUACAAACUGUAUUGGACGUACUUACGUCUUUAUGUACCGCUUCGAUCCAGUCAAAGGUCAAUGUGUUGGGAGGACAAUCUUGAAACACAAACAAUGCUGUUGUAUGCAACAGGUUCGACGAAAGAGUUUGUGUGAAAAAAAUCAUUUAAUCCUGUAUACAAUGAAUUGGCAGCUAACUUCUCGAGGUUUCUGUGAAAAGUACGUUACCAAAAGAGACGUCACAGGAUUAGCAAUAAGUCAAUGUACUCCAGCAAAUCAAACCUUCAUCAAAACAUGUAAUGCAAGAGGCGAGGCGGUUCAAGUUACAAUUCAUCGUUAUCUAAAGAACUGUAGAUGCAUGACUCAGCAAACAGAUAAAAUUGUCCGGUGUCGAUGUACCAAGAAGUAUAAUACUAAAACAUGCUUUGGUGAUGAUGUUAUAGUGCAUCAUUAUCAUUACGAACGACUUCUUGAUGGUGAAUGCUUGCCACAAAGAAGAGAUGUACACAAAAAAUUGGCCUGCAAAAAUCCAAGAGUGUUCAAAGCCAGUUGUGAUUCUUUGACAUGUCAACAACGCGUAACAGUUGUCACCUAUGUGGCUCAAAGAUGCAAAUGUAAACGUUUUGUACAAGUUAAACACGAAACGUGCUGUUGUAAAGGAAAUCGAACAACAAGUUAUGCUGGUUGUAAACACAAUGAGUUAAAGGUUUUUGAAGAAAAAAUAGUGGAUCCGAAAGUGAAUGAGGGUUCUUGUGUUCAACGUGUCCGUUAUUAUUUCCAACCAAUAACUUGUCCAAACAAACCGUCAAUAACUCGUCACAGUUGCAGAAGAUUUGAUCCUAAAGCUGCCAAGCAGGGAGAAGAUGGAAUCGUUAAAGUUGAUCCAGCUCUAAUCUACAGGUUCGUUGAAAAAGUCGAAUGGAAAAUCCAAGAUUGUGACUGUCGUCGUCAUUAUGGAUCUUACUUUGAAGCAUGUGGUUGUGAUGAAUCUGUUGUUUUUAAUGAUUCGAUGAGAAUUAAACACAAAUGUGAUCCACAAAGUGGUGUUAUUGUAACUUACAGACAGAAGGUGAGACUAGAAAUAGUUGGUGUUCCUAUUGAAUACACAAAGUUAAAUCGCCUGAACAAACUGUCUGAUGCCACUUGCCGAACACAUUAUGUAAUGGAAUCUGCAAGAAAAAUAAUUUGUCCUGAUACAAAAACUCUUGUCGGUCCUUGUGAACUUGCUGAAGAUGGCCGAGCAUACAAGACAGUUAAAAUUCAUAAGUGGAAACAACAUAACUGUGUUUGUCAAAAUUUGCCACCUGAGAUAAUGGAAAAACAAUUAUGUGCUUGUCUGCCUCUUAGAAUUCAAAAGAAAUGUGUAUCAUCAAAACCGAAAGGUCCAAUGAACAAACUACAGAUAUACUUUAUUAAGGAAAGGCUACAUAAAGUUAAAUUACCGUCCGGUAAAUACAAAAACGAAUGCAAGGUUGAGCAGACAAUGAAGGAAGAUAUUAUCCAAUGCCCAAAAAAUAUUCUUCAUUACUCACCAUGUAAAGCGGGUAAAAUGGUAGUAACAAUUAAAGUCUACAAAAUUGAUAACUGCAAAUGCCAAGAGUCCAUCCGACGUUCACAAGUACGAUGCAACGUGCCUAAGAAAUCAACAAGCGUUGAACACGCCAAAUCAAUAUCUGCCAACCGUAUCUCAAGUAUGCAGCAGCCAGUCGCGGACUGUAUAGAUUUACUGUCUACUGAAGAGUGUGUUCAACUGAGUCGGCCACCAAAAAAUAUGUGUACGAAAUCAAAUCAUGUAUCUGACUUCCUGUGUCGUCGAACUUGUCGUAGAUGCAUAGAUUGUGAGCUGAACAAUAUCAAAUAUGAAUUGAUCACUACGAAUCACCUAUGUUUGAAUAACAAUCAAGGUGUUCUGAGCAAAUUUUUAAUUAAAUCCAUUUCAGUGGAAUUGACUCUGGCUUCAUGUAAACUAGCUUGUGCUAAACACACAGAAUGUUUGAGUUUCACUUAUUCUUUACCGACAUCAGAAAUGGGAUACACAACUGCUAAGUGUAUGUUGUACCGAAUAGAUCCCAUAACUAUUGAACAACAUUUACAGAAAGAACAACCACAACAACGGCUAGAAAAGCAGCCCAAUGACUUCACUUCACAACCAAAUGAAAAACUCUUUAAUCAAGUAUUUCCUUCUACCAGCACUAAAAGUUGCCUGACAUUCAGGAAAAUAUGCAAAAUUACUUGUUUAAAACCACAGACUAAGGAAAUCUCCAAAUGUGAAUGUAAAGUUUAUAAAAGUUAUUACGGGCAUCCACUAAACUCGCCGAAGUUUAAAAGUUCUUUGCAUUGUUUCAAAAACAUUAGUGUUGAAUACUAUAUUCAGUUACAGUCAGGUGUUUGUCAAAAACAAAACUGGCAAGGUUAUACACCAUGCAGUAAUCCAAGAUACCGUGAUUUACACAUUAGAGAUCAAGUUAACUGUGAUAACAUGAAACCAACAUUAUGGUGUGAAGCACAAUUAGCUGCAGAUGAACACAAGUGUAAAGACGACGUUUUCAGCCAGGUAUGCUCAAAAACAUGUGGUCAUUGUACAUGUCAUGGUGUCAGUAUAUUCAAAGGAAAAUGUGAAACUACUGGACACAGAACUGACACUCACAUUAUUUAUAAGUCACAUCCAAUUCAUCGAAUUUGCUACGUAGAAAUGAAGACCUAUUUGAAGACAUGUGAAUACUGCCCUGUUGGCUCAUAUGAAUUUGUACACAAAUGUGAUAAACAGAGUGACUCACGCAUAGUAAAUCAAAUUACAGCAAAAUUAAUUCAGAUUCCUUCAAAUAUUGAUGGAAAACCUCAGAUUAAGUGUUCAGUGCAAACAAAGAAUUAUAAAUUCCGAUGUGGAAACUGUUUGGCUGCAUACUCAGAUAAAUACUCUAUAUCUCCAUGUAAACGUGUAGCUUCAAGCUCAGUACCGUAUCAACUUAGCCUCACUACAGAAUAUGUAGUCAAUGAAGGUGGUUGUUGUAAAACACGACGAACUCAAAGACAAUUCAACUGUGCUAACUGCCCACCUCCUAAAGUUAAACGCACUUCAUGUUACAAUGGCCAGAGACUGACGCACAUUAUGUUCUUUAUUCGACCAUGGCUUAGUUCAUCUGUGAAAUCAAAUGAAUGCAUUCGACAAAUUAUCACAAGACGUGAAAAGUGUACAGUAGAUUACCACACAUCUGAAGGCGAAUGUCGUGAUAUACUCAGUCGUAGGGAUUGUGAAGUUAUGAAACAAACUGCUAGAUGUCAGAUAAGUUCAUAUGAAGCUCGUAAUUUAUGUGCUAAAACUUGUAGCUUUUGCAAAUGAAUAAUAAGACCUCGUCAUUACGACUAAUACACUCUUUAAACUUCUAAAUAAAGCAAUUCCAAUGAU